UCCACGCCGGGCCCCACGCCGGGCCCCGCCGCUCGUCCGCGUACCCCUGCGGACCGCGCUGGUCAGCUAUGCCGGGUCGCCUGCUGCGGGACCUGCGGCAGCGGUGGCGCCGUUACAAGUACCGCUUCGUACCGUGGAUUGCGCUGAACCUCAGCCACAAUCCGAGGACCCUCCGAUACGUUCCAGAGGAUUCCAAAGACAAAGUUAUCUCAGAUGAAGAUGUCCUAGGAACAUUACUGACAGUUUUCCAGGCUCUGUUUAUUAAUGAUUUCAAUAAGCAAUCAGAUAUUUUGAGUCUUCUUCCAGAAUCAGUUAAAUCAAAAUACCAAGACUUACUGUCAGUUCAGCAGCCAAAGGUGAAACUGCUUGAAUACAGACAUCAACAGCCAAACACCUUUAAACCAGAAGAAAUUCUUUAUAAGACAUUGGGUUUCAGUGUUGCACUAGCAACUAGCUCGUUGAUUUCUGCUGGAAAAGGUGUCUUCGUUACUAAAGGAUUGAUACCAAAAGGAGCAGUUGUUUCUAUGUACCCUGGUACAGUGUAUCAGAAGUAUGAGCCAAUAUUUUUCCAGUCCAUUGGAAAUCCAUUUAUUUUCAGAUGCUUAGAUGGUGUACUCAUUGAUGGAAAUGACAAAGGAAUAUCAAAAGUUGUGUACAGAUCUUGCAAUGGGAGAGAUCAACUUGGCCCUUUUAAAAUGAGUGAUAGUACAUGGCUAACAUCAGAAAUUCAUAAUCCCUUGGCUUUAGGACAGUAUGUCAACAAUUGUUCAAAUGACAGAGCAGCUAAUGUCUGUUAUCAGGAAUUUGACGUGCCUGCAGUUUUUCCUCUAGAACUAAAGCAGUAUCUUCCAAACAUUGCCUACAGCUCUGACAAACAAAGCCUACUUCGAUGUGUUGUUCUUGUUGCACUCAGGGAUAUCAAACAAGGAGAAGAGCUUUUUUCAAAUUACUAUACAAUUGUCACCUAAUUUUGAAUUGGAAAGUUAGUACUCAGUUCCGAAAUUAAUUCUGAAUAUUUUUUUGUUAAUCAUUUCUCCAAUUUCCACCAUAGACCAAUAUUUGGGAACGUAAUUGAAGUGGAAAUUAUUUUGUUUUUAUUGACAUUAUAUUUAUUUUAAUUUCAGGAUAAAAUUUGCUUCGUUGGUUUUUACCUAAAUGCACUGUACCUUGUUAAAUUAAAAUCUGUCAGAAUAUUUGUAAUUUCAAA